AUGGCUACCGUCCUAGGGAUGUCCUACACAGUUGGCGAUUUACCCCUCGGCGAGAACAAAGGAGUCGACAGCGCCUUCUGUUGGCAGGACGGAGCGGCGGACGACGCGGGAUCGGCAGAUUUCUUUGACCAGUUUGUGGUGCUGGACGACCAUGGCCCGGACCACUCACCCUCUCCGCCUUUUACGGAUGAAGAAGGAGGAGGAGCAGAAGGAGGAGGCAACGAAAGCUUUGAGAGCAUGUGCCGAGAAGCUCUCGAGUCCUCCUUGUCGCCACGUCUCACCUCACUGAGGUGCCCUCCUCUUGAUCAUCAUCCCUCUGCUGAGCAAUCAUUAGGCGUAGGGGACCACGACCGUGCGAAUGCCACUGCUAACAAUCCGGCUUCUGGACGUCUCGGUCGUUUUUCUUCCGCCAAAUUCCCACCGCUGCACCGUCAAGUCCGAGCAGGAUCGCACGUUGACCUCAGCAACAUGGAUUGCCAGUAUAGUCAACAACAACAGCACCAACUCCUUGUAGCUGGACAAAGAGAACUCAAUUCCAUCCUCGGCACCGGCUACAACCAGGAAGGACCGGGCUCCGGUGGUUCCAUCUCCGACUCAAAGCUGCUGAGACUCGAAGGUCUGACGGUGAACGGCAGUGGCUCACCGCGCAUACAUUUUCUGCCAUCGUCUGCAUCGGUCCCUCCAUCGCCUCACCUUCAGCCUGGGUCAGCCUCCACUAGUCCGCGCAAGUCCCGGCUCGAGGCUUUCUACACAAAGAUCAGGAACAAGGCGGCUAAUCUCCAUGGCAUCAAACACCAGAAGCAGCAUCCCGCCACAACAGCAGCACCAGCAGUGACUUCGUCAAUGCCCUCAACCAUGGGUACGUCACCGAACAAGAUGACGGCUCGUCCAAGGCCACACAACCUCAGUCUUGUGAGGCCGGAGAUGCCACUCUCUCUUCCGUUGACAGGACAAAUGGCUGCAGAGCAAAACGGCAACAUUGACGGCAACAAUGCUCACCUGUUCAACACAAACUUCAUGGACGAUCCGUUUAUGGACAUCUCUUCCAACCUGUCCCUACCGAUGCACACUCCGAUUCAGACACCUCACCAGCAACAUCAGAGCAUCCCGGUCCCCGUCACCACCGCCGGCGGCGAUAACUUGUGGCAAUUCAGUGUCAGCGGACCGCCACCAACGACACCCGCCAACCCCAUCGGCGGUGUAUCAUCUUCCGCGUCUGAAUUGCACCCCCUCUACGCCACCACUAUCAAUGACAGCAACAACGACUGGUGGGACCAAGCCGUGGGUGAUGCCAUGGACACCGACCCCGACCCGUCCUCGUCCUCUUUGCACAUGGGAAUCAACGCCUCCAACACCCGCGAAGCCACAUUGAAUCUGCAAAUGGCUCUGCAGCAGCUUCACAACCAAGCAAGCUUCGAUGAGCAUCAUUUUGGACUAGACACCUCAGGGUUGGUGAUGCACAUGCCGCAAACUACGUCUCGGGUUUUGUUGCAUCACAACCAGCAGCAGCAGCAACAACUGAACCAAAACCAAUCCCAAUCCCAAGCGCAAGCUCAAGCACACGCAGCCGCCCAGCUAUUGCUAGCACAACAGCAAUACAUUUCCAACCACGGCGGCGGUAUCCCCGACGGCUUACCUUCGCAACAGUCCUCAUCAUCAACCAGUACGACAACGACGACGACGACCACUGCCCGUUCCCGCCGCCCCAAACCCCGCGCCCCCAGCUCCGGCGCCUCGCGGCUUCCCUCCUACCAGACCUCCCCGCGCAAAGUGCGCGCCGCCAGUCGUUCCUCGCUGGAAUCGAGUCCAACCCGUGGCUCCCAACAACCCAACUCUGGCAAUCUCGCAAUCCCAGAUACAGGUAAUUCCGCCAGCGGCAUCAGCGGAAGUGGCCGUCAACGUUUGCAUAGGCGGAGUGCUUCCAUGCAAAAUAUCAACAACCACUCUUCGAAUACCACUUCCGCUGGAGCAGGACUGGGAUUGGGAUUGGGACUAAUGUCCCCCGCUGCAGUGCGCAAGCGCAAGUCUUUUACUACCGGAGGGAGAGGACACGGUUCAUCCGUGUCUUUAUCAGCCGGGUCGAGACUGAGUCAUGCGGCGAGUCAUGGGGAUUUAUUGGGGGCUAGUGCUAGUGCUUUUGCUGCUGCUAUUGGGAUUGGUGCUAGUGGACAACGGGUGGUUCCUGAGGACGGGGCUAGGAGGGGGUUGAGCAGUUCGGCGUCGACGAGUUCGUUAUCUGCCACUGGGGAUAAUAGUUCGGGGAGGUUUACGCCGCUGAAUGGGUUGAAUGGUUUGAAUGUUGUGGGCGUCAACGGGUUUCACGGACAUCCUCAUCACGGGGUGGGCAUGGUUCAAGGGUACCCGCCUAUGCCGCCGCUUCCUCCUCAGCAUCAGCAUCAGCACCAUAGUCAACACCACGGCCUGCCUCACCACCCCCAUCACUCCCGCUCCCACUCCUCCCAGCAGCAUUCCAAACAACAACUCCCCGUGCACCCCUCCUCCUCUUCUUCUUCCAGCCGCCAUCCCCCCUCAAAACCCACACCCCGCUCUUCAUCAGCUUCCAAAUCCCAUUCUCGUUCCCGGUCCACUUCCAACAACCACUCCUCCAACUCCAACUCUCAACCUUCCUCUAGGGGUGGAGAAGGAAUAGGGUUCGUAAACUUCACCCCCCGCGACCACCAAACGCUAAUGUCGGGCGUCGCGCCCUCGGGGUCUUCCAAGACCAAGGCGCGGCGGGAGAGGGAGACGGCAGAGCAGAGGAGGAAGUUGAGCGAGGCGAUGAUGAAAGUUGUGGAGGCUGCGGGAGGGGAUGUUAGGAAGUUUGGGGAGUUGGGUGUGGGUAUGGGUGUGAAGAUGGAGUUUGGUGGGAACAUGAACGGUGGGGAGUUUGGGUCUGGUAAUGGUGGUGGUGGUGGUGAUAACUAUGAGGGGAUGCAUGUGUUUGGGAACGGGAAUGGGCAUGGGAAUAGGAAUUAG